UUAUGUGCAUGUGUUUAUAUGGAAAAUUCUCUGCGCAUAUUUCAGUUUGUGAAGAGAGUUAUUAGAAAUAUUUAUAAAUAUACACUAUACACAAUUUUAAUUAUUGCAAAUUAUCUUGCUUCUAUUUUUUUCUUUUAUAAAAUAUUUAGAGCUACACAAAAUAGUGUUGUAUUAUAUCAUAGAGAUUGUAUUAAUACAUGUUAAUGUCUGGAUGACUUGUCUAUUCAUAUAACUUUCACAUUUCUGAAAGAUGCUACGAAUAUUUGAGAGACAAAUUUUUCGACAUCUACGAAGUGGCAGAAGACUAAACACGUGGUCACAUCUCGCCACAGCAUUUAAUUCAACUAUUAAUGAUGAAAAUCACUCAGUAAAUUUAUUGAAGAAAGAAACAGGAAUAUUUGGUAUUCCGGAGUUAAAAGAUGAAAAUGGUUUUGACAUAUUGAAAAAUCGUGCAUUAGCACAUGUAAAUGUUCUUAUUGAUGAAGCUGUAAACAAGAACAGAAAGAGAAAAAUGGUGGAAAUAUUUGAUGAAUUAUCUAAUACACUAUGUAAAGUAGCAGAUAUGGCUGAGUUUAUUAGAGUUGCACAUCCUGAUCAACAGUAUGUUCGAGCUGCCGAAGAUGCCUGUAUAACUAUCAGUGGUGUAGUUGAAAAAUUAAACACACAUCGUGAGCUGUAUGAUAUAUUAAAACAAGUGACAAAUAACGGUGAUACUCAAGUGACAUCCAAUAUAGAUAAUCAUGUAGCUAAAUUAUUUUUAUUUGAUUUCGAACAAUGUGGUAUACACUUACCAGAAAGGCAGAGGAGAAAAGUAGUUGAGCUAAAUGAUUAUAUUUUGCAAGUGGGUCAAAGAUUUAUGGCUGGUGCUGUGACUCCGAGGACAGUUGACGCUGACGCAUUACCCGAUGUUAUUAGACAAUAUUUUGUGACGGACAACGGUCAGAUAUUAGUGCAAGGAUUUUAUACAGACUCCUCCAACACUGCUGUUCGCGAAGCGGCGUAUAAAUUGUUUCUUUUCCCGGAUAAAGAGCAAGAUUAUCUAUUACACGAACUUUUGAGCUCCAGACACUUACUAGCAGAAUCUUGUGGCUUUCCAUCAUAUGCACACAGAGCUGUGAAAGGGAGCACGGUCGAGUCGCCUGUUGUAGUGAAAGAAUUUCUUAAUAUACUGAAUGACAAUUUGCAGUCUAAAGCAGCACAAGAUUUUCAAGAAAUGCAAAAGAUGAAAAAUACUGAAUCGCAUCUGAAACAAAAAUUGAUGCCAUGGGAUACUGCCUACUUCAUGGCAAAAGCGAAGAAAACUUGGUUAAAUACCUCUUCCACUGAAUUUGCUCCAUACUUUUCCCUCGGUGCUUGUAUGGAGGGUUUAAAUAUCCUUACACAAUCAUUGUAUGGAGUUAAGCUUGAAUCUGUCCCAGUGUUAUCUGGAGAAGUGUGGGCGAAUAACAUUCAUAAAUUAGCUGUAAUAGAUGAAGAGGAAGGAAUCUUGGGUUAUAUCUAUUGUGAUUUCUAUGAAAGAGUAGGGAAGCCUAAUCAAGACUGUCAUUUUACAAUUCAAGGUGGAAAGCAACUACCAGAUGAUUCUUAUCAAAAUCCUAUAGUUGUACUUAUGCUAUCAUUACCGCAGCCACGUUGGUCAAAUCCAUGUUUAUUAAGUCCAUCAUCUGUGGACAAUCUGUUUCAUGAAAUGGGCCAUGCCUUGCAUUCUAUGCUCGGGCGAACAAAAUAUCAGCAUGUUACUGGUACUAGAUGCAGCACAGAUUUUGCAGAAGUUCCGAGUGUGCUGAUGGAGUAUUUUGCAAGUGAUCCUAGGGUUGUAUCAAAAUUUGCAAAACAUUUUCAAACUCAAGAACCAAUGCCGGAAAAUUUAUUGCACAAGCUGUGCGCUUCGAAAAACAUUUUCUGCGCUUCUGAAUUACAGAAUCAAGUAUUCUACAGUAUGCUAGAUCAAGUGUAUCAUAGUGGUAAAAUAACAAAAUCCACUAGCAAGAUUUUAGCGGAUGUGCAAAAGGAAUAUUAUGGUCUUCCAUAUGUAGAAAACACAGCGUGGCAAUUGAGAUUUUCUCAUUUGGUUGGAUACGGUGCAAAAUAUUAUUCUUAUCUAAUAUCUCGUGCAAUCGCUGCCUGGAUUUGGCAAACGUAUUUCCAUAACGAUCCCUUUUGUCGAUCAGCGGGUAAUCGUUAUCGAAGGGAAUGCUUGGCACAUGGAGGCGGUAAGCCAGCAUCGCAGUUAGUGUCAGAUUUCUUGAACAAGGAAGCUAAUGCUGCUACAUUUGCAAAAUCGUUAAUUAACGAAGUAGAUAUGAAGAAUCUGCACGUGGAAACCAUAAAACAACGUAACGGUAUAAAAUUUUCAUAACUUGCAAUAUAGCAGAAUUUAUAGAUUGUAGCAGAUGUGAUAUUUUGCACAUGUGUUGUACAAUUUUGUAUAACAAACUCCUCAGAAUAGGAUGUAUAGAAUACAUUUUUAUAACAAAAAAGUAUGAAUAAAAUAUACUGCAUAGA